AUAGCGACUUUACGUUACAUGAAGCAUCGAAAACUACAGAAUUAUUAUUUAAAGGUUUUAACCGAAUUUGAGCCUCGUCUGCUACCACGGCAUAGAAAAAGACAUCAACUAUUGAGUAGCAAGUACUAAGAGGUAGAAGAAGGAAAUCGCGAGUGUACCGGAAAGGAAGGACUUUGUAUUGGCAAGUGUACUGUUGACGUAAAUACGUAACUCGGGCAAAAGGUUGAAGUGUAUCGGCAAGCACGACGGCGUCGACGACCUGUAGCAAAACACCUGCUUUGCUCGAAACGCGAGACGGGGACACGGUGACGGCGGGGGCGGCCAUACUCAAACAACCGCCGAGCGAAGUGCGCGGCACAGCGCAGAAAUGAGACGAUAAUAAAUCGUGUUAUAUUGUUCAUAAGCCCGGGGAUAAGGUAACGGGUGUAAGUAUCUCCGUUGACACAUAAAAGAAAGGAUCCUGAAGAAAAGUGAAAACGGAAGUGUGGGACGCAUAGAGAAAGAGAGGAAAGCGGCUCGACGAAUCGAGGCGCAGGGAACGGUAUGAGUACAAAGACGGACGUGAACAGGCGGGUCCUAGCGAUUCAAGCUAAAAAAAAGAGGCACAAGCCAAGCAAACGAAAAGGGAAGGGCAAUUCUCAGGGCGAAUCGGAUACGUCGGGUGCCCAGUGCUCGAAAGCACCGGCUGCUCGGCAAGGACAAGGAUCGGGUUUCUAUCAGGAUGCCUCUGCACAGAGACCAUAUUCCAGCGACAAUGGAAACAGAUUGGAACCAUGCCACAGCUCAAGUAAUGAAACGAUAGAGGACGAUGACGAAGUAUACAGUAGUGAAGAUGAGGAACAGGAAGAUAGCACUGAUUAUUGUAAAGGAGGAUACCAUCCUGUAAAAAUAGGAGAUUUAUUCUUAAAUCGUUACCAUGUAACUCGUAAACUUGGUUGGGGUCACUUUUCAACUGUUUGGCUCUGCUGGGAUUUGCAGGAUAAACGAUUUGUGGCACUUAAAGUGGUCAAAUCUGCGUCUCAUUUUACUGAAACUGCAUUGGAUGAAAUUAAAUUAUUAAAAGAUGUGCGUGAUACAGAUCCUAGUGAUCCUAAACGCAAUAAAACCGUCCAGUUGCUCAAUGACUUCAAGAUCAGUGGUAUUAAUGGUCUGCAUGUUUGCAUGGUAUUUGAAGUGCUUGGACAUAAUCUUCUUAAAUUGAUCAUCAAAUCCAACUAUAGAGGAAUUCCAAGAAACAAUGUUAAACGUAUCAUCAGACAAGUUCUAGAAGGUCUUGAUUAUCUUCAUAAUAAAUGUAAAAUUAUUCAUACAGACAUUAAACCUGAAAAUGUCCUUGUUUGCGUUGAUGAAGCUUAUAUAAGAAAGUUAGCUUGUGAAGCUACUGAAUUGCAUUCUCUUGGAAUGAAAUUACCAGUCUCCUUAAUUUCAACUGCACCAAAGGAAUUUCAAGAACCUACUCCAAACUCUAAGAUGUCAAAAAAUAAAAAGAAAAAACUUAAAAAGAAAGCUAAACGUCAAAAUGAAUUAUUGAAAAAGCAAAUGGAACAAAUCGAAGAACUUGAGGAGCAAAAUAAACUUGCAAAUAGCACAAGAGAGAAUGGAGAAUUAGAAACAAAUAGUCCAGAUCAGGAUAUAAAUACAGAAAGUAUAGAAGAUAAUACAGAAAGCAAAGGCUCACCUGAUAUUUCAGAACCAUCUGCACCUUCAUUACAUAUAAAUGGCGUAGAUAGUUUAGCAGGUGGAGAAAAAGUAGAAAAUCAAUUACCUCAACAGCCAGAGAAGAUGGAUAAUGCAAACCUAUGUGAUGUAGAGAAAAAUUGUGGCGAAGGUGCAUUAUCAGCUGAUCAUGAAGAUGUAGACGAAUGUAGUGAGGGUCGUACUUUACAACCACCUGAAAGUAAACAAUUAAAAAGAGCAUCUGUAGCGCCCUUAGAACCUGCCUUAGUGGAAUGUGAUGUUGAAGUGAAAAUAGCAGACCUUGGUAACGCGUGUUGGGUCCACAAAAAAUUCACAGACGAUAUUCAAACUCGUCAAUACAGAUCGUUAGAAGUGUUACUAGGAUCUGGUUACGAUACAUCUGCAGAUAUAUGGUCCACUGCCUGUAUGGCAUUCGAAUUAGCAACUGGUGAUUAUCUCUUUGAACCACACAGUGGCAAUUAUUAUUGCAGAGACGAAGAUCACUUAGCACAUAUUAUUGAAUUGCUUGGAGAAAUACCAAGGCACAUUGCUCUUUCUGGCAAAAACUCGAAAGCAUAUUUCAAUAAGAAAGGAGAGCUGAGACGUAUUACUGGAUUAAAACCUUGGGGACUGUACGAGGUGCUUACGGAAAAAUAUGAUUGGUCACCAAGAGAAGCACGUGAGUUUGAAGAGUUCCUAACUCCGAUGCUCGAGUUUGACCCGAGUAUGCGAGCUACAGCAGCAGAGUGCCUGAAGCAUCCGUGGCUGCAAAUCAAAAAGUGGAGACGUAUAUGGGAAGGAUAUUUACGAAUUAAGUUUGUAUUAAAAUGGGAACUGCACACGUUUCUUCUGGGUGAAAGAGGAGCAGUGAUGAUUUGAACAGAAAUCGUUUUACACAUUUUGAUUAAAUUACAUUGGUUGUCGUUGAACGAAUUCAGUAAGUAAAUAUGAUUUUGAUACAAUUUAGAGGUCCAUCCAUCAUUUGAUACAAAUUCAUUUUGAACGUAAAACGAAUGCAUCGAGGGAGUAAAUGUUAGCUUUCACAAUGUGUACAGACACACAACGACCAAAAUCAUAAUGGGACGUUUGAUCUUAUUUCAUUUGUAUCUGUAUCCUUAAAUGGACACCUCUUUUCUACCCUUGCUGUGAUUCAUAAGAUUCAAUUUCAAGUUCAACGUGACACUAUAUCAUCUUAUGAAUUUAGACAAGUCUUCGUUUCGAAGUAAAACUCGUCUCAACUUCUUUUCCUCACAAUCAUGCGAUCCCACUGUAGUUACAACCUUGGGACUGAUGAUAGCAAUCCUGUUGAAUUUGUACAGUAUGACAACUGAGGUUAUUAGUAGAUAUAUAUGUAUAUUAUGUAUAACCGGUAUUAUCCAGUGAAGUGCGGCCAAUAAAAUGCGAACAGAAUGAUUGCAUCAGUAAAUAUUAAAGACACAAAAAAGGAAAUGUCUUCAAGUUAAAUACAUCUCUAGUUUCUACCUUGACCGUCCUUAUCGCUGAUACCGAUCGCCAUGCGAUUGUACUUUAACAAUAAAAUCAAUGCUUUAACCAGAGAGUGUAUAAUACGAUGUGACAUUGCUGGACGAAGAUCAUCACUGUAAAUUAAUUGUUUGAAAUUACGGGCGUUGACCGAUGUGGUCAAUAGCCCCACAUCGCUGUAAACAAACAAUAGUUUCUAAAAUGUACAAGUACUCUCUUAUGGAACAAACGGAUGAUCGGUCUCUUUAACAGCGGUUUAACGAAUUCAAAGGACGUGUGAUUUAAUCGCGUAGCCGCACAUGUAUAAACAUACCGAAAAUAUAUAUAUAUAUAUAUUAUAUACAAAUACAAAAAACAUAUACAUAUAUACAUAGAAAUAAAUCGAAUGACAGUUUACGUAGGUGUGAUUCGCUGCUUGGCGCUAGGAUAGUUAGGAUGAAAAUUAACAGACAUUAAUAGUAAAAAAAGAAAACAUGUGUAUAGCUUGAUGUACGAGAGUCUCCCUUUCCUUCUGAAGUUCGAGCAAGUCAUUGUAUUCAUAUUAAAAGUUUUAAGGCUCGAAACGUUUUGUUUCUCUCUCAACAAUAAGAAGGCGAUAUCUAUACGUAUAGAAUUUAAAGACCAGUGAAGAGUCGAACGAA